AAUUUUGUAAAAAUUUUGGGCCAUUUUCCAAAACCAUUUAAAAAGUUUAAUGCAAGCUUUAUUGCUAACCACGUUUUUGCAAUAAAUGCAUUUAAAAAACCCCGUACAAUUAUCGAAGCAUAUCGGCAUACGGGGGUUAACGGCAUAAUUUUAAUAUAUUUAACAACCAAAAUAGCGGUUAUAAAAUACCGUACGUUCCGUAUAAUUGAACGGCCAAAUACCGAUUAUUUACGGUUACAAUCGUUAAAAUUAUUAAAAUGGUUAUUAAAUGCAUAA